AUGCACCAUUCCACACAAAUAGCCGUUUUCCUGCAGAUCCUAUGUGCUGUAUUCGUAGGAGUCUCUAGCGCAGAAGUUGGGUCAUCUUGUGGUCGAAACAAUGGUGAUAUCAUUUCAAUUCGAAGCGACCUCGCUCUUGCUGUUUGUAGUGACACAAUUGUUCGGAUUGUUCGAGGGAAAGAUGCUGCAUCAGCAAUGAAGAAUCGCGAAAGCUUAGUGAUCGAUCCGAGAGAACAUCACUCUAAACGAUUCUCUCAAUUCAGUACUGAUUUGGAUGGUGGUGGAAAUAUUUUUUCUUUGAAAACAGAAAAAUUACUUGUUCAAAUCGAUCAUGUUGGCGAGUCGAUUGCCUUAGCGUUCUUGGAUAGCUCAGGAGACUUCUUGUACACUCGUGAGUUAGUUGACUCUAAGGCACAAGGAGACGAUGGUAUCUCUAAUGAGGUGUCAGUACAGCAGAGCUGGUCGUCGGUACCUGAAGAAUCCAUCUACGGUGGCGGAUAUUAUGUCAACAACUUUUUAGAUUUCAAGGGAGCCCCAAUCCACAUGGUGCAAAUGAAUCUGGAGGUUGUUAUUCCCUUUUUAGCUUCCUCUCGAGGUUAUGGAAUCCUGUGGGAUGGGUAUGGCGAAACGUGGCUAAAUCCUCCUCGCAAGUCCAACCAAAUCAAUUUGGAACCAACUGCUCGUAGUCGUGAGCAAAGCCAUGAAACUGUAGCAACUGGGACGUUUACUCCCCCACACAGCGGUUCUUAUUGGUUUUCUUUGGACAUGAGGAACGAUUACUACUUCAAUACCAAUCAUCAUAUCUCACUACAAAUUGGGGGGCUGCAGUCCAAGGAUGGGAACACAAUGACAGCCUGCAACGUUACAGAAAACAACUUACCGAAGGUGCUUCUAUGCAAAGUUGAUGGUUUGAAUCAGUUCAACAAUUACAAGGUUGUACUCAACUACGAUUCUGAUCAAACGCCGAGAGUAUUCUGGAGCUUCCAAGAUCCAACUGGGCCGACAACUCUUCAGACUAAGGACACAGAUUUUAUUGACUAUUACUUCAUGGUUGGCGAAAGCAGUACGGGCGCAACACAGCUAGAUUCCGUAAUGUCGUCAUACCGAAGCCUCACUGGGUCUGCGUCUAUGUUCAGCAAGAAGACAUAUGGAUUUUGGCAAUGCAAGAACCAUUAUCAAAGCCAAGAGGAGCUGUUAGAGGCUGCGAAGCAACUCAGACUACAUGAAAUCCCUGUCGAUAAUAUUGUCCAAGACUAUAUGUAUUGGGGAGACAAGGGUUGGGGACCCCAGUGGGACGAGAAAAAAUACCCAGAUCCUGCUGGAAUGAUCAAAGAGCUGCACAAUGAGUUCUCUCUUUCCUUUAUGGUUUCCGUUUGGUCGAAAUUUGACAAUACAACUUCGUUUUUUGACGAAAUGAAAUCACAGGGCUAUCUUCUUGAUGACUCGACAUAUUUUGAUGCUUGGAAUCCAGGUGCACGGGCUCUGUUUUUUCAAUUCAUCGAAAAUGCUCACCUCUCUAUUGGAGCAGAUGCCCUUUGGCUCGACGCAACUGAACCUGAGUACGAUAACCACUUGAACAAGAAAAUAUUUCUGGGAACGGGAAACCAGUUUCGUAAUACAUAUUCCCUCGAAGUUGCGAAGAGCUUUUAUGAAGGCUUUGUUUCCAAGAUCCCGAAACGUCCGUUCUCGUUGACCCGAUCUUCGUUCGCCGGACAGCACCGCUAUGGUUCUGUGGUCUGGACUGGCGACACAGUAGCCUCAUUUGGCUGUCUUAGAAGGCACAUUGCCAUGAGUAUCAACUAUCAACUGUCUGGUGAUCCGUACUGGUCAAUGGACAUUGGAGGCUAUUUACGUCCGGAUGACCAGUACACUUCCGAAAAGUACAAAAUGUUAAUGAUUCGUUGGUUUCAGUUUGGUACAUUCAUCCCAAUCAUGAGGGUACAUGGGUGUCACGCAAACACUGAGCUUUGGAACUACGGUAACCAAACGCAGUCAAUUAUCGUUCAAUCAGCUUUGAAUCUGCGUUACCGCCUGAUGCCCUACAUAUAUUCAGGAUUUAGGCUGGUUGAGCAAAAUGGGUUUACGAUGCAACGUGGUUUGGUCUUUGAUUUCGGUUUCGAUCCAAAUGUCAGGAGCAUCUCUGACCAAUUCAUGUUUGGAAGCGCAUUCAUGGUGGCCCCAAUUCAUACUGUUGACUCCAGUCGGAGCUACUAUCUGCCACAAUUGGAUCAGGGGUUGUGGCGUGACUUCUACAAUGGGACAGUCGUAGCUGCUGGCUACCACCAUGCAUCGAAUGUGGCUCCAAACAAGACUCUACUGUUCGCGAGAAGUUCCAUUGUGGUUCUCGCUCCCAUUUCGAGUCACGUCCAUGAUCCAAUCACCCUCCUAUCAUCAGAAGUCAGGAUAUAUACUGGGAAGGACUCGUCGUUUUCCUUGUUUGAAGACGAUGGUAUUGAUCCUUCGCCGUCACGACCAUGCACUACCAUACAUUUUUCAUGGUCAGAGAAUAGUUCCAUUCUUCGAAUCGGAAGACUUAAAGGAAAAUCUUAUCCCGGUAUGCCAAGUUCAAGGUUAUUCCAUAUUGUAGUAGUGCGGGAGAACCAUGGCGCCGGCGUUGGUGAAACUGCUGAUCCUGAUGCCACAGUUCAGUAUACUGGAAAGGAAAUCGCAGUUGAAUUGGGACAGAGCCUGGAGCAAGUGAAAAAAUGA